UCUAUACAAUUACUUCCUCUUCUUUUGUCGACAAAGAUGCCAGACCCUUAUAUCAAUGCUGCAUUUCGUUCAUCAAGAGAAAAUGAAGUGUAUUUCUUCGCAAAGAACAAGUAUGUGAGGUUGUAUUACACUCCCGGAGGAACUGAUAAGAUUUUAACUAAUCUGCGCUUGAUUAGUAGUGGUUUUCCAUCACUUAAAGGAACGCCAUUUGCAGAACCUGGAAUAGACUGUGCCUUUGACACUGAAGGGAGUGAAGCAUACAUGUUCUCCGGCAACAACUGUGCCUACAUAGACUAUGCUCCAGGUACAACAAAUGACAAGAUACUCGUAGGUCCGUACACAAUUGCUGAUAUGUUUCCUGCCCUCAAUAGCACGAUGUUUGCGGAUGGCAUAGACUCUGCAUUUAGAUCCACCAGAGGAAAAGAAGUUUACUUAUUCAAGCGCAAUGGGUAUGCUUGCAUAGACUAUGAUUCGAAGCAGUUUGUUGGCUCCAUUCGGAAAAUCACUGAUGGGUUUCCUGUGCUGAGAGAUACCAUCUUUGAAAAUGGAAUCGAUGCUUGUUUUGCUUUUCAUGAGGAGCCUGAAACUUACCUUUUCAAAGGAGAUAAAUAUGUGCGUAUCCAUUUUACCCCAGAUAAAACUGAUGACACUCGUCGUGUAGGUUUUAUCAGACCUAUCCUUGAUGGUUGGCCCAGUCUCAGAGGAUUAUCAGGCCCGGAUGCGUCUCCUGCUAUGCCCUCCAAACCUCCAAAUAAGUGAAGGAAUGUGGGUGAUGUCAGGCCUAUCCUCUCAGAGGCAUUGUGCCUGUCAACUACACAAUCUGUCAUUUUCGCCAUCGUCAUCAACCACCUUAGCCUCAUAUCAAUAAAAUGGUGUCAUUGCCAAAGUUUAUUUCUUUCUCUUUAAGCUAACAUUAUAGGAUUGGAUCGAUGCAUGUUUCCUGUCCUAAUGUAACAAAGAGUGCAUGUUUGUGUUUCCUUUACUGCACGAUGUUUCUCUGCUAUCUUCAUGUAAAUUCUACACUUAAUAAA